UAUAUCGGCAUUAAUUGUAUAACUUUCACACCUCUACCCUGUCUUUCAGUCAGUAUUUAGUCAAACAAAAUAAACUACAUUUGUUAGAGCUUGAUAAGAAUUCAGUUUGUCUUCUGUGUGUGUGCCCGUCAUCAAGCAACAAAUCGACGUAUUUUUUGGACUGAAGUGUUCUAAUGGAGACCCAAUCUUGAACAAGGAAAACGAUUUAAAUCGAAAAUAACGUUAAUAAAUAAUAAAAACCCGAAACGAAUCAAAAACUGUUGAAAAGAGUGUGCAAUUAAAACAAAAGGAAAAAAAAAAUCAAAAGCGUUGUUUUUGCAGAGAUAAUAUUUACAUUGUAAACGUCUGUCAAAAACUAGACUUCACUUAGUCAAGAUGACGCAACCACUGCCCAUCCGCUUUCAGGAGCAUUUACAGCUCACAAAUGUCGGGAUCAACGCCAAUUCAUUUUCAUUCAGCACGCUCACGAUGGAAUCGGAUAAGUUCAUAUGCGUGCGGGAGAAGGUUAAUGAUACUGCCCAGGUGGUCAUCAUUGACAUGAACGAUGCAACCAAUCCCACUCGGCGUCCCAUAUCGGCGGACUCUGCAAUCAUGAAUCCAGCUAGCAAGGUCAUUGCGCUCAAAGCGCAAAAGACGUUGCAGAUCUUUAACAUCGAAAUGAAAUCAAAAAUGAAGGCGCAUACCAUGAACGAAGACGUCGUGUUCUGGAAGUGGAUAUCCCUGAACACCCUGGCACUUGUCACAGAGACAAGUGUAUUCCAUUGGUCGAUGGAGGGCGAUUCGAUGCCGCAGAAGAUGUUUGACAGGCAUUCCUCCCUGAACGGCUGUCAGAUCAUCAACUACCGCUGCAACGCAUCCCAGCAGUGGCUCCUUCUGGUUGGCAUCUCGGCCCUGCCCAGUCGCGUUGCCGGAGCCAUGCAGCUGUACUCGGUGGAGCGCAAGGUCUCGCAGGCCAUCGAAGGGCACGCGGCCAGCUUCGCCACCUUCAAAAUCGAUGCCAACAAGGAGCCGACCACGCUGUUCUGCUUCGCAGUGCGCACGGCCACCGGCGGCAAGCUGCAUAUCAUCGAAGUGGGAACGCCGCCGAACGGCAACCAGGCCUUCCCCAAGAAGGCUGUCGACGUCUUCUUUCCGCCGGAAGCGCAGAACGACUUCCCAGUGGCUAUGCAGGUCUCGGCCAAGUACGACACCAUCUACUUGAUCACCAAGUACGGAUACAUUCAUCUCUACGACAUGGAGACGGCCACGUGCAUAUACAUGAAUCGCAUAUCGGCCGAUACGAUCUUUGUUACCGCACCGCACGAGGCCAGUGGCGGCAUCAUCGGGGUCAAUCGCAAGGGACAGGUCCUGUCCGUGACCGUCGAUGAGGAGCAGAUCAUUCCGUACAUCAACACUGUUCUGCAAAAUCCCGAUCUGGCCCUGCGCAUGGCUGUGCGCAACAAUUUGGCCGGCGCCGAAGAUCUAUUUGUGCGCAAGUUCAACAAGCUCUUCACAGCCGGCCAGUAUGCCGAGGCGGCCAAGGUUGCUGCCCUGGCGCCGAAGGCCAUCCUGCGAACCCCACAGACGAUUCAGCGUUUCCAGCAGGUGCAGACCCCGGCUGGCUCGACCACUCCGCCGCUGCUGCAGUACUUUGGCAUUCUGCUCGACCAGGGAAAGCUGAACAAGUUCGAGUCGCUGGAGCUGUGUCGCCCCGUCUUGCUGCAGGGCAAGAAACAGCUGUGCGAGAAGUGGCUGAAGGAGGAGAAGCUGGAGUGCAGCGAGGAGUUGGGAGAUCUGGUCAAGGCCUCGGAUCUUACGCUCGCCCUCUCCAUAUAUCUGCGCGCAAAUGUCCCGAACAAGGUUAUCCAAUGCUUUGCCGAGACCGGACAGUUCCAGAAGAUCGUCCUGUACGCCAAGAAGGUCAACUACACGCCCGACUACGUAUUCCUGCUGCGCUCCGUCAUGCGUAGCAAUCCCGAGCAGGCCGGCUUCGCCUCCAUGCUGGUGGCCGAGGAGGAGCCGCUGGCGGACAUAAACCAGAUUGUGGACAUCUUCAUGGAGCACUCGAUGGUGCAGCAGUGCACGGCGUUCCUGCUCGACGCCCUCAAGCACAAUCGGCCCGCCGAGGGUGCCCUCCAGACGCGCCUGCUGGAAAUGAACCUGAUGUCUGCCCCCCAGGUGGCGGAUGCGAUCUUGGGCAACGCCAUGUUCACCCACUACGACCGGGCGCACAUUGCCCAGCUGUGCGAGAAGGCGGGUCUGCUGCAGCGUGCCCUGGAGCACUACACCGAUCUGUAUGACAUCAAGCGGGCCGUUGUGCACACACACAUGCUGAACGCCGAAUGGCUGGUCAGUUUCUUUGGCACCCUGUCGGUGGAGGACUCGCUGGAGUGCCUUAAGGCCAUGCUGACGGCGAACCUGCGUCAGAAUCUGCAGAUAUGUGUGCAGAUCGCCACCAAGUACCACGAGCAGUUGACCAACAAGGCACUGAUCGAUCUGUUCGAGAGCUUCAAGAGCUACGACGGCCUGUUCUACUUCCUGAGCAGCAUUGUUAACUUCUCGCAGGACCCCGAGGUGCACUUCAAGUACAUCCAGGCGGCCUGCAAGACCAACCAGAUCAAGGAAGUGGAGCGUAUCUGUCGCGAAUCGAACUGCUACAAUCCCGAACGCGUCAAAAACUUCCUGAAGGAGGCCAAGCUGACGGACCAGCUGCCGCUGAUCAUUGUCUGCGAUCGUUUCGAUUUCGUUCACGACUUGGUGCUUUACCUUUACCGCAACAAUCUGCAGAAGUACAUCGAGAUCUAUGUGCAGAAGGUCAAUCCCUCCCGCCUGCCGGUCGUGGUGGGUGGCCUGCUCGACGUCGAUUGCAGUGAGGACAUCAUCAAGAAUCUAAUCCUCGUUGUCAAGGGCCAGUUCUCCACGGACGAACUGGUGGAGGAGGUUGAGAAGCGCAACCGACUGAAGCUCCUGCUGCCCUGGCUGGAGUCGCGCGUUCACGAGGGCUGUGUCGAGCCGGCCACCCACAAUGCCUUGGCCAAGAUCUACAUCGACUCGAACAACAACCCGGAGCGCUAUCUCAAGGAGAACCAGUACUACGAUAGCCGUGUGGUCGGUCGCUACUGUGAGAAGCGGGAUCCGCACCUGGCAUGCGUUGCCUACGAGCGUGGCCUGUGCGACCGCGAACUGAUCGCCGUGUGCAACGAGAACUCGCUGUUCAAGAGCGAGGCGCGCUAUCUGGUCGGUCGCCGCGAUGCCGAACUCUGGGCGGAGGUGCUGUCGGAGAGCAAUCCCUACAAGCGGCAGCUGAUCGAUCAGGUCGUCCAGACGGCACUGUCCGAGACGCAGGAUCCGGAUGACAUUUCGGUGACCGUGAAGGCAUUCAUGACUGCUGACCUGCCCAACGAGCUGAUCGAACUGCUCGAGAAGAUCAUUUUGGACUCGUCCGUGUUUAGCGAUCAUCGCAAUCUGCAGAACUUGCUCAUUCUCACCGCAAUCAAGGCCGACCGCACGCGCGUCAUGGACUACAUCAACCGGCUGGACAACUACGAUGCGCCGGACAUUGCCAACAUUGCGAUCAGUAACCAGUUGUACGAGGAGGCCUUCGCCAUCUUCAAGAAGUUCGAUGUGAACACGUCGGCCAUCCAAGUGCUGAUUGACCAGGUGAACAACCUGGAGAGGGCCAAUGAGUUUGCCGAGCGGUGCAACGAGCCCGCGGUGUGGUCGCAGCUGGCCAAGGCCCAGCUGCAGCAGGGUCUGGUCAAGGAGGCCAUCGAUUCGUACAUCAAGGCCGAUGAUCCGAGCGCCUAUGUGGACGUCGUCGACGUGGCCAGCAAGGUGGAGUCGUGGGACGACCUGGUGCGCUAUCUGCAGAUGGCGCGCAAGAAGGCACGCGAGUCAUACAUCGAGAGCGAAUUGAUCUAUGCCUAUGCGCGCACUGGACGCCUGGCCGAUCUGGAGGAGUUCAUUUCGGGACCCAACCAUGCCGACAUCCAGAAGAUUGGCAAUCGCUGCUUCAGCGACGGCAUGUACGAUGCGGCCAAGCUGCUCUACAACAACGUCAGCAACUUUGCCCGUUUGGCCAUCACGCUGGUCUAUCUGAAGGAGUUCCAGGGCGCCGUGGAUUCGGCGCGAAAGGCCAACUCGACGCGCACCUGGAAGGAGGUGUGCUUUGCCUGCGUGGACGCGGAGGAAUUCCGACUGGCGCAGAUGUGUGGCCUGCACAUCGUGGUGCAUGCCGAUGAGCUGGAGGACUUGAUCAAUUACUACCAGAACCGGGGAUACUUUGAUGAGUUGAUUGCGUUACUCGAAUCGGCGCUGGGCCUGGAACGGGCGCACAUGGGCAUGUUCACCGAGCUGGCUAUACUCUACUCAAAAUUCAAACCUUCCAAGAUGCGGGAACAUUUGGAGCUGUUCUGGUCUCGCGUCAACAUUCCAAAGGUUCUGCGUGCCGCGGAGUCGGCUCAUUUGUGGUCGGAGCUGGUGUUCCUCUACGACAAGUACGAGGAGUAUGACAACGCGGUCCUCGCCAUGAUGUCCCACCCCACGGAGGCGUGGCGUGAGGGACACUUCAAGGACAUUAUUACAAAGGUGGCCAACAUUGAGCUGUACUACAAGGCCAUCGAGUUUUAUCUGGACUUCAAGCCGCUGCUGCUAAACGACAUGCUUCUCGUGCUGGCCCCCCGGAUGGAUCACACUCGUGCUGUCAGCUACUUCUCCAAAACCGGCUACUUGCCACUGGUCAAGCCCUAUCUGCGUUCAGUCCAAUCUCUCAAUAACAAGGCCAUCAACGAGGCCUUGAACGGACUCCUCAUCGACGAGGAGGACUACCAGGGACUGCGCAACUCGAUCGAUGGCUUUGAUAACUUCGACAACAUUGCGUUGGCCCAAAAACUCGAGAAGCACGAACUUACCGAAUUCCGUAGGAUUGCUGCGUACUUGUACAAGGGAAAUAACCGCUGGAAACAGAGCGUUGAACUCUGCAAAAAGGACAAGCUCUACAAGGAUGCCAUGGAGUAUGCCGCCGAGUCAUGCAAGCAGGACAUCGCUGAAGAGCUGUUGGGUUGGUUCCUAGAACGCGAUGCUUACGAUUGCUUUGCAGCUUGUCUAUAUCAGUGCUACGACUUGCUGCGCCCUGACGUAAUCUUGGAGUUGGCUUGGAAACACAAAAUCGUGGACUUUGCCAUGCCCUAUUUGAUUCAAGUCCUGCGGGAAUACACCUCGAAAGUUGACAAACUGGAGCUGAACGAAGCUCAGCGCGAGAAGGAAGACGAUUCUACUGAACAUAAAAAUAUUAUACAGAUGGAGCCACAACUGAUGAUCACUGCUGGACCAGCAAUGGGAAUUCCUCCACAAUAUGCACAGAAUUAUCCACAAGGUGCACCGACAGUAACGGCGGCAGCAGGACGCAACAUGGGCUAUCCCUACUUGUAGAGACUAUACCCAGGAAAAUCAUCAACACAACUUUAAAAACAAAUGUAUCAGCAUUAAAGGAAUACCAAUAAAAUAAGAGAAAUAAUCUAUUAAAUUGCAUGUGCGCCAAAAAUUACCAAAACGAAAACCACACCGUAAAUAUAAAUUCAAACAUUGUUAGAUUAAAGCAAUGCAAUUAACGAUCCAAUUUUGGGUUUGUUUGUAGACAGUAUAAAAUUAUAUGUUUUGAUAAUUACAGCACUCUUUAUUCAAAUAUAACAGAAUAUAUUACUUUUUAUCAUAA